GCAUUGUGUCUACUCGAACAAACGCCUUCCAGCAACAACCAUCCACCCCACCCGCUAGACGACACAAUGCGGUGGUUCACACUCCUCACAGCCUCGCUGCUGCCCUUUGUAGCCCUCGCAGCCAAGAAGCCCGCUGGCGACCGCUUCAAUGACGCCCGCGCCAAAUCGCUGUCAACCGGCCGCCCGCUCAAGCUCAACGAUGCCAGCUACGCUCAACUGACAAAAUCGCCGAGAGACUACGGCGUUGCUGUGCUACUCACGGCAUUGGAGCCCAGGUUCGGGUGUGCGCUCUGCAGGAGCUUCCAGCCAGAAUGGGACCUGCUGGGUAAUAGCUGGACAAAGGGAGACAAAGAUGGCCAAUCCAGACUUGUCUUUGGUACUUUGGAUUUUGUCGACGGAAAGAAUGUCUUUCAAUCGAUGCAACUUCAAACCGCCCCCGUCCUCCUCUACUUCCACCCCACCGCCGGCCCCCACGCAAAAGUCGACUCGCAACCCGUCCGCUUCGACUUCACCGGCGGCCCUCAAACUGCCGAACAAAUCCACGCCUGGGUCGCCCGCCAAGUCCCCGAUGGCCUCCCCAAACCCUCCGUAGCCCGCCCCAUCAACUGGGUCAGGGUCAUCACCAUAACCACCUCCGUCCUCGGCGGCAUCACCGCAAUUUUCGUUGCCUCGCCAUACGUCAUUCCCCUGCUCCAGAACCGCAACCUCUGGGCUGCCGUCAGCCUGAUUGCCGUGCUGCUCUUCACCAGUGGCCACAUGUUCAAUCACAUCCGCAAGACGCCCUACGUCGUUGGUGACAACAAAGGUGGCAUCAAUUACUUUGCAGGCGGCUUCAGCAACCAGUAUGGCCUCGAGUCGCAGAUUGUCGCAGCCAUUUAUGGUGUCCUUGCUUUUGCUGCUAUUUCGCUGGCCGUCAAAGUCCCCAGGAUCCAGGAUGUGCGCGCUCAGUCGCUGGCCGUUUUCUUGUGGACCGGUGUCUUGUUCGGCAUGUACAGCUUCCUCAUGAGUGUCUUCCGUGUCAAGAAUCCUUCGUACCCCUUUUGGCUGCCUCCGUUUUAAGUCUCGUUCUGCUUGACCAGUUGAAGAUUGUGUACAAUCUUGGGGGUAUUACCCCCCAAAAAAUGGAGAUUGGGCUUUUGUUUACGCUUUUUGCGAGUAGAUGGUUGUUGCUAUUGUUAAAAAAUUUGAUGAAGCACCAGAGCUUGCAGUUCGAGCAUGGUACACAUUGUAUGAUAGUUGGGGUUCUCUAUGCCGUAGACUAAGAAUAUGAAAAAAAGGACUUGUUCGCGCUAAACC